UGCUAUUUCAGAUCUUUUGAAGAGGUGAUAAAGUAUUUGCUCGUUGUGUAUAACAAGCGGUUGUAACCGUGCGUCGUUCAAAACGAGAGGUGGUCUUAUCAUCGCAAAUAUUUCUGAUCAGAUCUGAAAGAUCUGGAACACAGAGGUUGGAGAUGUCGGACGAUUCAUCAUCAAGCAGUAGCAGCAGUGGAAGUGGCACAGAGAUCGAUGAUUAUGACGACCAUAGGCAAAGGGAAUACAAUCACAAGCACUCUAAAAAGAAGAAGUACUUCUUUAUCACCAGUCGAAUGAAUGGUCUUGUCCUAGAUGUAAAGAACAACGGUUGUGAUCCGGGGGCGAGGCUGAUUAUGUGGGAAAGGAAAAGUGAUGAACAGGUCGACAAUCAGAUGUGGUGGGCGCACAGACCGACGCGUACCAUAAGAUCCAAACUCAACGGAUUCUGUCUGGACAUAUGUGAUGAUCGUAUUGUUUUGAAUCCUUACGAGAAAGGGCGUUGUGAGCAGAUCUGGCUGGUUCGCGGAGAGAAGAUCAAGAAUAGGAACACGAGCAAUUGCCUUGACAUAGUUGGAGCAAACCAAGACUCCGGGGCGGAAAUAUGCUCCUGGGAGCAUAACGGCCAGGAAAACCAACAAUGGGAAUUCAAACGAAGGAACAAAGACUUCUAAUUCAGCUAUGAAUACACAUCCAGUUACUGUAAACAGUCCUACCUUGGUGCUAUUACGAAAUGUUAAUUUGCUGCAGCAUUCCAUGUCGUUAUAUAAUCAAUCAAUUAGAGACAGUGGCACAAUCCCUGGCCGUUUCUCAUAAUUUAACAUUGUUACUUCAUAUACGUGCUUUAAGUUGUGCAUUCUACUUAGAAUCUGUGGUCUGCAAAUUUGCGUUUUUGGUGUUGUCACUAAGGCGUAAAUAUCUCAUAAAACAUUUAGAAGUGAUUCAAAGAGGCUUUAGAAUUUUUUCCCCGGAAAUUGAUAUUUUGUAUUGCAUGACAUGAAAAUAACGAUUGUAUGAUUAAAUAAAAAAACUAUGUACAUUAUUAUUCACCUAUAUGAUUAAUAAAGAUUACAUACACAUGUACAUCGAGCAACUUAUUUACAGCCCCAGUGUAAACGAUGUA